CUGGUAGCUGCUAAGCGAAUAUCGAUCAGUUACAAACUAAAAAUGUUGUCGAUUAAUAUACUCCUGCUCCUUGUGUCGGUAGGCAUAGCUAGCACCUAUGGACAGCCUUUAAAAACUACCAAUACAAGUCUCCCAAUGACUUCGGAAUCACCUCUAAUGGAAGCACAAUCCAAACAAAUCCAGGAAGCAGAGGAUAUACCAAUUAAAAAGAACACACAUGUUGUAACCCUUUUCAAAGCCAUUUUUCCUGAUCAUGCCCUUAAAGCUGAUUCUUCAGAAGUUACAUCAUCAUCUACCACCACUAAUUCGAAUUUUAAAGAAUCUGCGUUCUUUGAAGGCCUGAAGGAAAUCUCAACAGAAGAUUCAACCGCCAUCCCAUUGGAUUGUGAGGACUAUGAAGAUACAGAUGAAGAUGAGGACCCUGAGGGACUGGGACCUCGACUCAGUGCAACCUUAUUAAAAGUACUUACAUUUUAAAGUAAAACUUAUAUUAAACUGUAUAUGAUUUUUAA